CUCAGAGAUCCAACAGCCGACUGAACAAACGCAGAAGAAAUGAGAUUUAAAUAAAAGAAAAGAAGAGGCCUUAAAGUCUCAGACUUACCCAGAACUUUCUUUCUUCAUCCUCCUCAUCAUGCCUGUCGUCCGUCGAUCACCAGUCUCCUCUCAUGCUUUCCCUCGUGCACCGCCAUCACCAGCUCCUCCCAUCACCAAUAUCUCCACCACCCAUUCUCACACCAACACCACCAUCCAUCCAGCUGCUGGUUUCAUCCACGGCCUGCUGGACGGCAUCCCCUUGCCUCGGUGGGCGGUGUACAUCAUCUUCGUGGUCGGCGUUCUGGCCAUCCUGCUCUGCUGUCUGUUCGUCUGCCACAGGUGCUGCUGCAAGUCAAACAAGAAGAAACAGCAGAAGAAGAAGGACGAGAAGAUCAGUCUGACUGAAGUGAACGGGAAGACAACUACGGCUCUGGUUCAGCCGGAUGUGAACGAUGUGGACUACGGCUCGGCCAGACAGUACAGGGGAAAGCUGCUCUACUCUCUGGACUACAACGCCGCUCAGUCUGAGCUCACCGUGGGAAUCAAACAAGCCAGCAGCCUGAAGGCCAUGGACCUGGGAGGGAGCUCGGACCCAUACGUCAAAGUCUACAUCUGCCCUGACAAAGCGAAAACCUGCGAGACCAAAGUGUUCAAGAACACGCUGAACCCCGUCUUCAAUGAGAAGUUCAACUUCCAGAUAUCCAAGUCGACCCUCUUGAAGUCGACGGUGGUCAUGAAGGUGUACGACUUCAACAGAUUCUCCAAACACAACAUCAUCGGAGAGCUGCGGGUGCAGCUCUGCAACGUCGACUGGAACCACGUCAUCGAGGAGUGGGAGGACCUCGGCGAGCCCGCCAAGUUUGAGGAUGAAAACCUUGGUGAGAUCUGCUUCUCUCUGCGUUACGUUCCCACCGCCGGUAAACUGACGGUGGUGAUCCUGGAGGCCAAAAACCUGAAGAGCAUGGACAUCAGCGGGACUUCAGAUCCGUAUGUGAAGGUUCAGCUGACUCUGGACAAGAGGAAGUGGAAGAAAAGAAAGACGACGGUAAAGAAGAAGACGCUAAGCCCUUAUUUCAACGAGUCCUUCAUCUUUGAUGUGACAUUCGACCAAAUCCAGAGGGUAAACCUGGUGAUCUCAGUGUGGGACCACGACGACUUGACCCGCAACGACACCAUGGGGAAGAUCUUCCUGGGCUGCGACGCUACGGGGAACCAGCUGAGGCACUGGGCCGACAUGUUGUCCAACCCACGGCGACCGGUCGCUCAGUGGCACAACCUCCUGUCGGCCCAGCAGGUCAACUCCACCCUGACCCUGAAAACCAAGAUCCCACUGUCGAGCAGGCUGCCCUUCUGAUGGACAAACACGCUCUCAUAGGAGGAGGAAACAUUUCAAAGCCAUGGGAGCGAACACAUUUAGACGUCAUUUUUAUAAAUCCUCUUCUUGAGGGUAAAUGAUGACCUGAUUAUUUUGUAUUUUACACUCAGCAUUACCAAACAUAUGCUAGUUUUCUUUGUGAAUUCUUUGUCACGUUUCAUUGUUGAACUAGAGCACUUCUUUCUCCAUCCAUGGAUUUAUAUCACACAACUCUAAAGCUGUGUUCAGACUAAAAAUGAAAGAAUAAUCACUUUUUAUUGAUUAAGGCGAGUUACUACUCAGGCUAAGGAUCUUUUAUAUGAUUUACAGUCGUGCAUAUGUUUUAAGCAUGUAAGGCACUGAGGGGUCAUCAUGGGGCCUCAAGUGAAACAACCUGGGCUGGAGGGGAUGGAUGCAGAAUCAGUGACACAUACACGUGUCAUUCAGCCAAGGUCAAGCCUAAAGGCAUUUCUUUAGUUGGGUCUUUUCACCCCUGGAGAAGGGCCCAGUGAGCGCCACCUCUUUUCAGGGCCUUAGAACAUCCAUGUCGUUGUUGUUGAUGGUGCUGUCAACCCUCCUUUCCACCCAACGGCGCCCUCAGAUGGGCUUAUUCACCAUCACAGGCCUUAUUUCAGCCUCAAUGUUUGGGAUG